UUUUUAUAUCUUAGAUGCCUACACAACAGCUGAAGUGGUCUACUCGUGGACACUGGGGAAGAACAAAUCCGUGGAAGUGGCGCAGGACGGCUCUCGUCUCAACCAGUAUGACUUGCUUGGCCAUGUUGUUGGGACAGAGAUAAUCCGAUCAAGUACCGGAGAGUAUGUCAUCAUGACUACCCACUUCCAUCUCAAGAGAAAAAUUGGCUACUUUGUGAUCCAGACUUAUUUGCCAUGUAUCAUGACUGUCAUUCUUUCACAAGUGUCUUUCUGGCUCAACCGGGAAUCUGUUCCUGCCCGCACGGUCUUUGGUGUCACCACUGUUCUCACCAUGACGACCUUGAGUAUCAGUGCCAGAAACUCCUUACCUAAGGUGGCAUAUGCGACGGCCAUGGACUGGUUCAUAGCCGUCUGUUAUGCUUUCGUAUUUUCUGCGCUGAUCGAAUUUGCCACUGUCAACUAUUUCACUAAAAGGAGUUGGGCUUGGGAAGGAAAGAAGGUGCCGGAGGCCGUGGAGGUGAAGAAAAAGACUCCAGCAGCCCCGGCGAAGAAAACGAGCACCACCUUCAACAUCGUGGGGACCACUUAUCCCAUCAACCUGGCCAAGGACACCGAGUUCACUACCAUCCCCCAGGGCGCCGGCGCUGCCGCUGCCGCCAGUGCAACCUCAACCCCGACGCUCAUCGCUUCUCCCAAGACCACUACCUACGUGCAGGAAAUCCCAGCUGAGACCAAGACCUACAACAGUGUCAGCAAGGUUGACAAAAUUUCCCGCAUAAUCUUCCCAGUGCUCUUUGCCAUUUUCAACCUGGUGUACUGGGCUACCUACGUGAACAGGGAGACAGCUAUCAAGGGCAUGAUCCGUAAACAGUAGAUAGUGGUGAGGCCACACCCAGAGCACUCUCUCCCCCAGGAGGCAACCAGGCCCCUAACCCCGGAGCUCCCCUUGAUGUGUUUCAAGAUCUUUGUUUUGACCCUCUACCAAGCUCUGACUCCAGUUCAUAUUUGAGUCUCGGUGAAAAAAGUAAUGAAAAAAUUGUACUUGUCCCACGAACAUUAGUGAGUGUGCCCUCAUCAGAGCCGAACACUGCCAUUUUUCCAGUUGGCCAUCUUAGCCUGCCUGUCUCCCCAGCCCACAAUACUGCAUGCAUUCAUUUGCCCUCUGCCCGCUGCAGAAAGAACAGGAGACAAUAGUCCCCUCCCAGUGGAUGAUUUGGCUUUUUGAGAGGUUCAAAGCAAGAA